GCGGGGGGUUGGGGGCCGGAGGGACCCUCGGCCAGCGUAAGUUGGGGGACCCGAGCCCAGAGUCGGGGAAAGGCAGGUAUUGGAACCAGUGGGCGGGGUUUUGGUCCGGACACCGAGUAUUCUGACUCGCCUCUGCCUUUCUUGUCUCCUAUGAAUAACUGUGCUUAAAAAGACCACCCUGAACAUGGAAAAAGCCUGCAAAGAGCCUGAAGAGCAGCCACAGAGCUCGCCCAAGACGGAUGAGGAACAGACUGCUGAAGAGCAGUCUCCCGAAAAGACGUCUACGGAGGAGCCGUCUUCGGAGGAGCAAUCCUCGGAGGAGGAGUUCUUUCCCGAGGAACUCCUUCCUGAGCUCCUUCCUGAGAUGCUCGUGUCCGAGGAGCGCCCUCCUCAGGAGCGCCUGUCUAGGAAGGACCUGUUUGAGGAGCGUCCUCCCAUGGAGCAGCCUCCUUGCGGAGUGGGCAAACAUAAGCUAGAGGAAGGCAGCUUUAAAGAAAGGCUGGCUCGCUCUCGCCCGCAGUUCAGAGGGGACAUACAUGGCAGAAAUUUAAGCAACGAGGAGAUGAUAAAGGUCGCAGAGGAGAUGGAAGAGAUGAAGAGGGUACGAAACAAAUUGAUGAUCAUGCAUUGGAAGGCAAGACGGAACCGCCCUUACCCUAUUUAAUGUGUUUGGCCUUUAAUUCAGUUUUGCCGGCUUUAAGUAUUAUCACCUGAACUGUGUUUGCAUUUUCUCAUAUACCUUACCCCAUCUUCCUAAUUUUGACUUUUUGUGUGGCUUUAUUUGAGCUGUUUCGCCUGUAACUGGGUAAAACUGCCCCCCUCAUCUGCAAGUCCCCCUCUUUCAAUCAUGAGUCUUCUCCAUUUUGCAUGGAAAGAUGUACAUUAAAUAUUGUGAAGUAACAAAAGCAAUUUUCAAAAAGUAUAUGUAGUAUCCCAUUUUUGUAAAAAAUGUAUAUUUAUAUAUUAAUAUGCAAAGAAAACUGAAACUAUAUACUUCCGAGGCGUAACAGUGGUUUCUGUGUGGUAAGAUAAUAGGUGAUUUCUUUUUCAUUUUUGUUUCACCUGAAUUUCUCAUUUUUUCAAGAUGAAUGCAUUUUACAUAUGUUGCAAAAAAAAACCAAUGGGAAAAUUGUAAAGCAAUUUAAACUGUCAAUCAGCUUAUAAAGCACUUAAUAAAUACUUGUUAGAACUUUAAAAAAGAAAA